UAACUCAGCAGCUACGUUUUUUUUCGAUUGACAUUUAUCAAUAAUUGGACCAAUUCUAAACAUCGCAUUAUUCCUGCUCAUACGUAAUUAUGACAAAUGAAGUGUACUGUUGUCUGCAAAUUCUGGGAUUCUUAUUUCAUUUCAGCAUUGCUGAACCAAUAAGAGGUGACAACGUGGUCAUGGCAAAUGAAGGCGAAUUUCCAUUCGUGGCGGCGCUCAUAAAAAAAACGAACUGCUCGAACGUUGAACGCGGCCUAAUUUGCACGGGUGUACUCAUCUCGGAAAGGCUCGUUUUGACAGCCGCUCACUGUUUCGAGAAGGUAUCAUUGGACGAUAUGCAAAUUGUUUUGGGUUCCGUCGACCUGAGACAUGGUGUGAGAUAUGAUGUGAGUAAAAGGAUAACUUACAACGAAUGGGCAGAAAUUGAAGGAGUUCAUAAGGCAAUAAUAAAAAACGACAUCGCCGUUAUCAAGCUCUCUGAGAAAGUCCACAAAAAUGUGUCAAUAUCAGCUGAGUUCUCGUACAAAAAACGCUCCAAAUUAGAGAACCGAAACGUGACAAUGUUAGGAUGGGGUCACACGAGUCUCAGCUCGAAUAGAACUGUAAGAUACUUAAGGAAGACAAUUCUCACAGUAUUGACUAGUGAAGAAUGCCAACAAAAGAUACACGAGCUGAUAAAUGAAACUGUUCACGUGGAAGACAGCGUCUUCUGUACCAAAGCUGAACCAUUUGCUACAUCAGGUUGUGGUGACAGCGGAGGCCCUAUUCUGACUGAAAAGCAAAAACUCGUAGCGAUAAACUUAGGUGUAUGUCCGGAAUACACCGCAUUGCUUCCACAUCAGAUGAAUAAUGUCGUCAACGUUCAUACGGGAGUGUACUACUACAACACAUUCAUAUUGGACAUGUUAUGGUAUUUUUGAAAAUGAAUAAUUGAACGGACAAGCUGCGAUCACCUACGCAAAAACAAUAAUUAAAAUGUAUCAAUCGAGGCUUGAGCUCGCGAUUAUUAUAAUUCCUCUUUAUUCAUCCAUGCGAUAUGUACUCGGACUGUCACUUGGCUUUCUUCUUAGGUUUCUUUACGAAUAGACGUGCAUAUAUAUAUUUAAUUAUUUAUUUAUUGUCAUGGCUAUUGAAUACAUUUGCAAAUAUCUUGGAUUAUAUUAUUAUGCGAGUAUUGUUAUACCAGAUGUAUGUAUCACUUCCACAUAAGGAAAACACUCAGGCACCAAACCUUGGAUAAUUAAAUCAAAAUAGUCGCUCAUUUGCAAUCAAUCAAAAAAUUUGUUUAAAUAUAAAUCUUGGUUGCUCUUUGUUGGUCUUUCUGAUGCAAUUAUCAACGAUUACAAGAAGCAUAACGGGGCUAAAACCAACUAUACAACGUACAUUAAAAACGGAAAUUAUUUUUCUGCGAGAGAGGAUUACGGUUGUAUAUUCAGAAAUUGAAACUUUUCGAAAUUUAACCACUUAGUACACAUGAUUUCAAUGAUAAAGUAAUCAAACGAAAUAGCUCAUGUGGCUCAUACAAACGUUCGAAAACAAUGUUACUACAGUACACGUUAUUAAUUAAAUUAGCAUAUUUCAGUUAUAGUAGUUCAAAAAAAUUGUAACCCUCCAAAAGUCACGAGUACGUAAAAUAAGAAAAAUAGAGUAACUCUCAGAAUGAAAAAGUACUAACAUUGGUGUCAGUGCAAUUCUGUUCGCGUAAGAUGGUCGCAGGUGAUGGCAAAACAGAUGCAAGUCCAGAGUGUAGCGUAGGUACUAUCGGCACACCCACUGGUGAGGGGCUGUCGUUUAUUUUCGCCCGACCUUCUGCUGAUCUAUUAACGAAGGAAGAAAAAUAUUUUUAUUGACGUUACGCGGUCGUUUCUCAGCAAAAUAGCUGAUCACGAUAAAAUCGGAUCGGGGUAUAAAUAGCAAUCCUGAGUUACCACUCACGACAACCGUUGAAAGUGCCAUAACUCAGCAGCUACGUUUUUCACUUUCAAAGACACUAUUGAUAACUGGAUUCAAAAGUAUAAACGUUGCUUUAUUCUUGUUCUUGCACAAUGAUGAGAAACCUCGUGCAUUAUUGUCUCCAAAUUUUAGGAUUAUUAUUUCAUUUCAGCAUUUCCGAGCCAUUAAGAGGUGCAAACGUGAUUGCCGUAAAGGAAGGUGAAUUUCCAUUCGCGGCGGCUAUGAUAAAAAAAACCGAUAGCUCGAACGCUGAACAAGAAGAAAUUUGCACCGGUGUACUUAUAUCGGCAAGGCACGUUUUGACAGCUGCUCACUGUUUCGAAGAAUUGCAACCAAACGACACGCAGGUUGUUUUGGGUUCCGUCGACCUAACAAUUGGUACGAGGUACAAUGUGAGUAAAUGGAUAACUUACGAUGAAUGGGAAGAAAUUGAAGGAGUUCGUAAUAGUUCACACGAAAAAGACGUGGCCAUUAUCGUGCUUUCCGAGAAUGUCGACAAAAAGAUAGCAAAACCUGCUGAGUUGUCGAAAAAAACUCGCCCCAAAAUAUGUCUUCGAAAUCUGACGGUGUUAGGAUGGGGCCAGACGAAUCCCGACUCGAAUGAACGUCCAAGAUAUUUGCAUAAGGCAAGUCUUACGGUACUGACUAGUGAAAGAUGCGAACAGAUAGUAUCCGGCCUAAUGAAUGAAACUAUUACUCUGGAAGACAGCCUCUUCUGUACCAAAGUUGAACCAUUCACCGGGCUGGUUUGUGGUGACAGUGGAGGCCCGAUUCUUACUGAAAAGCGGAAAGUCGUAGGCAUAAACAUAGGCAUAUGUCCGAAACAAAAGUAUUUGCUUCCGCAUCAGAUAAAUGAUGUCGUCAACAUUCACGCAAACGUAGCGUACUACAAGACAUUUAUAAAGAAGGUGUUGGAGAAAUUUUGAAUAUCAAUUACCACGAGUUCUAGCUGCUAUGGAAUUCGCGAAACAAUAAAUAAAAUCCCUCAAUUGCAAUAAAAACUUG